CAUAUGCAUUGUCGACUCCAAUGUUCAAACAUUAUUGCAAACAAUGCAAGAAGUAAAUAAGCCAGUAAAUGCACCUGCAAUACAUCAACUAACCACAUACCCUUCCACCUGCUAAAAUUUACUUCACUCUGUACCUCACUUCAUCUUUUAUAUGCAUCGCUUGGCCUUCAAUUCUCAUGCAUUUUCAUCAACAAUCAAUCGUCCUCCUUUCCCUUCUCACUUCUGAGUAAAACAUACAGAUACGAGGACAAUGGGAAGAAGGUUAGCUUCUCUCCUCUUAUGGACUCUGAUUGUUGGGUUGGUUUCUCAAAAUAUGGCGAUUCCUUUGACGUCUGCAAGCAACGAAGAUCAGAAGCAUAAUUACACUCCAGACCCAUAUACAGGAAGCCCCCCCUCAGGUUCGCAAGGGAGUCCACCUUAUGGAACUCCACCACCUCAUGGUUCGGGAGGAAGCCAUGGAGGAAAACCACCCUCUCAUGGACAUGGUGGUGGAAAACACAGCCCAAAACCAGGGAACUGCGGAAAUCCACCAUACACUCCUACUCCAUCGAAGCCUCCUUCCGGUGGUGGUGGAUACCACAACCCUCCUACACAUGAUCCCACUCCAACCCCAUCAACUCCAUGAUCCUACUCCAACCCCAUCAACUCCAUCAACUCCAGGUGGUAACGGAUACUACAACCCUCCAACUUCUGGUACACCAGUCUAUGGAACCCCACCAACUACGUCAGCACCUCCCUUUGUUCCUGAUCCCAACUCCCCUUUUAUCGGAACAUGCAAUUACUGGAGGACGCACCCAGGAGUGAUUUGGGGCUUAUUGGGCUGGUGGGGAACAAUGGGCAGUGCUUUUGGCAUAACAAACGCUCCAGGUUUUGGAGCAACUCUCAGUUUGCCACAAGCACUCUCAAAUUCACGAACUGAUGGCCUUGGAGCACUUUACCGAGAAGGAGCUGCGUCUUUUCUGAACUCCAUGGUGAACAACAGGUUCCCCUUUACAACCAGUCAAGUCCGUGACAGUUUUGUAUCGGCACUAAGCUCAAACAAAGCAGCAGCAGCACAGUCCCAGGUUUUCAAGAUGGCCAACGAGGGUAGAUUCAAGCCUAGAACCUGAAGCAGGAUAAUUUAACCAGAAUUGUGAGUGCAUUAUGUUUACUUUCUGUUGUUAAGCAUAUUACGUUUCCUCCGUGUCUUACAUAUUAUAUUCCCUGGUGCUAUAUUUGAGAUGGAUAUCAUAUGUUAACCUUUCGAUCCUUUGCUUGUGUAUUUUAAAUCUUAAAAAAUCACCGUUCAGUAUGA